UCUGGAGAGAUCGCAGAAGAAAUUGAGAAAACGCUUUGUGCGAAUACAAAAAACCCUAGCAAGCGGAAGGAGACAAAGAACGAGAAUUGGAGAGGGAAAGUUUUCAAUAGAUUUUUGAGAGACUUACGCUGAUCAAUCGUGAAUUAAACACAGAGUGAGGAGAAAGGUCUAGUGAUGGGGAAGAAGAAGAAGAGAGCGACGGAGAAGGUUUGGUGCUAUUACUGCGACAGAGAGUUCGACGACGAGAAGAUUCUUGUGCAGCACCAGAAAGCCAAACACUUCAAAUGCCAUGUCUGCCACAAGAAGCUGUCUACAGCUAGCGGCAUGGUGAUUCAUGUCCUCCAGGUUCAUAAAGAGAAUGUUACAAAGGUUCCUAAUGCUAAGGAUGGUCGAGAUUCAACUGAUAUUGAAAUAUACGGAAUGCAAGGGAUUCCACCCGAUGUCUUGGCUGCUCACUACGGAGAAGAUGAGGAAGAAUCUCCAGCCAAAGUUGCAAAAAUUGAAAUUCCUUCCGCCCCUCUUGGUGGUGCAGUUCCUAGACCAUAUGGAAUGGUAUAUCAACCUCAACAAGUACCUGGUGCUGUGCGACCUAUGUAUUAUCCCGGUGCUCCUAUGCGUCCUCCUGGUCCUGGAUGGCCUAUGCCUCCUCCCCGUCCACAACAAUGGUAUCCACAAAAUCCUGCAGUUCCUCCAGCUGCCCAUGUAGGCUAUCGACCACAACCACUUUUUCCUGUUCAUGGUAUGGGGAUGACUAUGCCAACGUCAUCUCCUGUAGUCAGUGGAGUUACUCCUCCUGGAAUUCCUUCAUCAUCACCUGCAAUGUCGGUUCCUCAACCUCUGUUCCCUGUUGUGAAUAGCAGCACUCCUUCUCAACCUUCACCAUUUUCUGCUUCUCUUCCCGUUGGCGUGGCUCAGCAACCGUCUCCUGCGGAUGCCACCGUAGGAUCAGUUAAUGCAUAUCCGCCUAACAAUUCUUUUCCAGCGGGUGGGACGCAUACUCAUUCGUAUGCCUCUGGUCCAAACACCAGCGUUCCUUCAAUUGGUCCACCUCCUGUAAUUGCAAAUAAAGCUCCUAGCUCUCAGCCUAAUGAGGUCUAUCUUGUAUGGGAUGAUGAAGCGAUGUCUAUGGAGGAAAGAAGAAUGUCCUUACCGAAAUACAAGGUGCAUGAUGAAACCAGCCAGAUGAACUCGAUAAAUGCAGCCAUAGACAGACGAAUCUCAGAGAGUAGGCUCGCUGGGCGGAUGGCAUUUUAGAGUUUGGCACGGCACCAAACGUGUCUCGAAGAAAGCUUUCAAGAAUCAUCUAUAAGAUAGGCGAUGAUGAUGAUGAUGAGCUUUUGUUCCAACUCUUCACUCACAUUUAUUCAGAUUUUCAGAAACUGCAUUUGUGAUCUGAUUUUGAGUCAUUAAUAUCUAUCUGUUGUAAUAUUUAGCCAGGUGAGUUAGUUACCCAUUGCAUUAUUUUUGAGACCUCAGGGAUGCUUUUCAAAAGCUUAGUUUUUUUUUU